UUCAUCAUGGAUUCAAAAACAAAAGUCAAUGAAAAGCGAACGAAAAUAAAUAAUUUUUAGCCCAAAAUUGCAAAAGAAUAGGACACCUUCCCGCUUCAUCAAGAUCAUUUUCUUGCGUCAAGAAGCAAUGUAUGAAUAAAAAAGACGUUUUAAAAUGGCAGAUACCAUCAAACUCAUAACUUUGGGAAUUGCCAAGGGAUUACAAGAUGCUAUUCUUGGGUCUUUGCGGGUUUACAAACUGGACCAUGAGGGCAGGGAGGAAGUUGAGGAAGUUCAGCAGACAUCUGAGCCAAGAAGCACACUUGCCAAAAGACGAGCAGAGAAGAUGAAAGGAAUGGAGACGAAGACUUCUACUAAAAAAGAGGAACCAAAAGUGUUGCAAAGAAUUGUACUGUGCUGUGCAUGGAAUGGAGGAGUGUUCUGGGCCAGUAUGCUCAUCUUUAACAGCCUCUUGAUGCCCCUGAUUCACUACAUGACAGAAUUAUUAUUUAACAGCUCCUCGAGCCAGAACCUUGUCUGGGCCAGGCUGGGUCCAAUGCUGAGUUGGACAUUCAGCACAUUGUGGGUUCUACCUCUGUUUAUACUCAGUAAAAUAGUCAACAGUUUGUGGUUUCGAGACAUUGCUGAGGCAGCAUAUAGAAAGUCUCGUGGUCGGCCUCAACUUCCAAGUCUCAGUAAAAUGAUAGCCGAUGUUCUCUUCAGUAUAGUGCUUCAAAUUUUCUUCUUAAUUCAGGGAAUGUUAGCCCGUUACCUGCCAAUCCAUGGAGUGGGGGAGUUGGUCAGCUUGAUCCACAUGUGUCUACUCUACUCACUGUACGCCUUUGAGUACAAAUGGUUCAACAUGGGUUGGGAGGUUCACAAACGAGUCUCAUACAUCGAGACCAAUUGGCCAUACUUCGUAGGAUUCGGUCUUCCACUUGCCGUGCUCACUGCUUUGCCAUCAUCUUUGAUCAUCAGUGGUUGUGUGUUUUCGAUCCUGUUUCCGCUCUUCAUCAUCAGUGGGAACGAAGCUGCACCAAUACAGCAAUCAUAUUGUGAAUUCCCGCUCCGACUCUUCUCGUUUGUGAUAUCGAUUAGCAACGCCAUUUUCCAUCGAGCUAAUAGAGGUAAUCCACCCAGUGUACGUGGGACGCCCGCCGGGUCCCCGGCAAAACACGGUAUCUUGAAAGACCCCAACAAGACCAGGUGAACCGAAAGAAUUUUAGGACAAUUUGAACUUUGAACGUAGGCUUCUUGGGACGGUUGGGUGAUUUUUCGACCUGCUAAACGACACCGUGGCAUCCUUGAAAUCAUGAUGGUUUGCUGGUAGAUUUGACUUCAAUGGUGCGACUUCAGUAAUGAAAAGCACUGCACUGUCUACUUUCUCUUAAAAGACAGGAUUGAAUGUCAAUGAAAUAGUUCAAAUAUGUUGACGUGCAUCAAUGCAUGUAACUGUCCUUCUGUGAAAAAUUCAAAUUGGUAGAAUUUUCAAAAAUUUAUUAUUCGCUGCAACUAUGGUUUAUUUUGCUAUGUGAUGGUGCUUUGUAGUGACUGCUCAGCUGUAUAUAUUCUUUAUCUAGGGGUUUCCACUGUGAAAUUAGUAUUCAUAAUAAGCAAGGACAGCAUGGAAUAGAUUCAAGACCAUUCUGAAAAAUAGCUGUUCUGACUUUUCUUAGCAUCCUUGGGACUUGUCCUUGUUCUAUUUGAAGGUGUUAAAUGGUGUAUAAAUUGCAUGUACUGGUACGUGUAUUCUACAUUAUAUGUUGGACCAGAAGAUCUACUGACCAGUUAUAGACAAGUUCUGACUUUACAUGUGCUUACUUGGAAAACUGAAGUUUUCGAGGCGUUGGAUUAAUUUUGAUGUAACUUAUAAACUAUUAGUAAUGGAAGUGUUUGAAAACAAAAUGUUGUCAUUGCUAAAUGCUUUACAUGUACAAAUCAAACCGUGAUUAUUUUAAAAUUGUUAAUAAAUUAUU